AGAAAUUGAACACCAUUUGAUACCCUCUGGUUGGACAAUGGCGAGCACAAAAAUUUUGUUUGGAUAUUUUGUCAUUCCUCCCCUCUUUCUUUUCGUACUAACCCCUUUUAUUGUUGAGAGCCUUAAUGGUGACACACUUUGUGUUGAGGAAGAAAGAGUAGCCCUCCUUAAAAUAAAACAAGAUCUUAAGGAUCCAGGCAAUUGUCUCUCGUCAUGGGUUGGUAAAAGUUGUUGUAAUUGGACGGGGAUAGAAUGUGACAAUCAAACUAGUCAUGUUCUAAAGCUCGAUCUCAAUCUCUGGCAUAUCUGCACCACAAACAGAUAUCCAUUCACACGGCUAGGUGGUAAGAUAAACCCUUCCUUGACAUACUUGAAACAUUUGAGUCACUUGGACUUAAGUAACAAUAACUUCGAAGGAAUCGUCAUUCCAAAUUUUAUAGGUUCUCUCAAUAUGUUGCAUUACCUUGACCUAUCCCAUGCAAAUUUUUCUGGAAUUGUCCCUACUCAUCUUGGCAAUUUGUCAAAUUUGCAUUAUCUUGAUAUCUCUACUUCAUUUGAACUACUUUGGGUUAGAGAUGUUAGCUGGCUCUCUGCUCUCUCUUUGCUUCAAUAUCUUAACAUGGAUUUGGUUAACAUUACUAGCACGUCCCAUGAGUUGUUUGGAGCUGUGAACAUGAUGCCAUCAUUGUUAGAGCUACACUUGUCCUUUUGCAAUCUUCGUACACUACCUUCAUCUCUUCCAUUUGGAAAUAUUACAUCACUUUCUGUGCUUGAUCUCUCUUCGAAUCCGUUCAAUUCCUCAAUACCUUCUUGGUUGUUUAAUAUGAGUUCCCUCACAAACCUUGACUUGUUUUUUUCAUCCCUAAUAGCUCUUCCUCCUGUUCUUGGGAGAGUGAAUCUCUACAAGCUUCAGAAUCUAGAUCUUUCAUAUAAUAAUAUCACUGGUAAUAUAACUGAAAUGUUGGAGGCCUUGUCUUAUUGUAACAACCAAAGCCUACAGUUUUUAGAUUUGAAUUCCAAUCAUAUAACUGGGAAAUUGCCUUAUUCUUUAGGUCAAUUUAACAGUUUGAUUAGGCUUGAUCUGUCAGGGAAUUCACUCACAGGUCCUAUACCAACAUCUAUAGGAAACCUGUCAAAUCUUGAUUCUCUGAGCUUGAAAGGUAACAUGAUGAAUGGGGAAAUUCCAGAAGGUAUUGGUCAACUAACCAAGUUGAAUUCCCUAAAUCUACUCUACAACAAUUGGGAAGGUACAAUGACAAAUAUUCAUUUCCACAAUCUUACAAGCCUAAGGUUUUUCUACAUAUCAUCUAAAAAUAACUCACUUGCUUUGAAUGUGACACAAGACUGGGUUGCGCCUUUUCAGUAUUUGACUUUUGUAGAAAUCCAUGAUUGUCAAGUUGGCCCAACAUUUCCUAACUGGCUCAGAAACCAAAUGUACUUGAAUAGGUUAAUCCUCCAAAAUGUUGGAAUUUCUGGGAAGAUACCCCAUUGGAUUUUCAACACGUCCUCCCAAAUUUCGCAGCUGGAUCUUUCUUACAACAAAAUAAGUGGAUACCUUCCCAAAGAAGUGAGCUUCUCAGCCUUAUGGUCACCUUCGGUUGAGGUUGACCUUUCUUUCAACCAGUUGAUGGGCUCAGUCCCACUUUGGUCAAGUGUGAAUGCUCUCCAUCUAAGGAACAACUUAUUCUCUGGAAUAGUACCUGCCAAUAUUGGCGAAGAGAUGCCUAAUUUGGAGUUCUUGGAUCUUUCAAAUAACUACUUGGGUGGGACCAUUCCACUAUCUAUAAAUAGGAUUCAAAAUUUGAGUGAUCUUGAUCUAUCAAACAAUUAUUUGACAGGAGAAAUUCCCAUGUUUUGGAUGGGUAUGCAACGCUUACAAACCAUUGAUCUUUCCAGCAACAAUUUCUCAGGUGAAAUUCCAACUUCAAUAUGCUCAUUGCCUUUACUUCGUAUACUAGAAGUGAGCAACAAUAAUCUCUCUGCUGAUCUGGCAUCAACCUUUCAGAAUUGUUCCAGUAUGCAAACUCUUUCAUUGGAUAAUAAUAGGUUUGUGGGGUCUAUGCCAAAAGAGAUCACUAAAAACCUUCCUCGAAUUGAAGAGUUACUGCUACGAGGCAACAAACUCACAGGAAGCAUUCCUGAAGAGCUUUGUCAUCUACCUUUUCUCCAUUUAUUGGAUGUAGCAGAAAACAACCUAUCAGGGUCUAUACCGACAUGCUUGGCUGAUUUGCAUGGUUUCAAACUGCCGCAAACUUUCUUUUUGAAUUGGAUGUAUUCAAUAGUCUUUCCUGGCUUCGUACUAUACAAAAAGCAUACAGAGUUGGUCCUAAAAGGAAGAAAAUUUGAAUACUGGAACCAAAUGCUCGUGCAUUCCAGCAUCGAUCUGUCUAACAAUCAUCUUUCUGGAGAGAUACCUGAGAAGAUAACAGAGCUAAUUCAUUUGGGUGUCCUUAACUUGUCAUGGAAUCACUUAACAGGGAACAUACCCAACAACAUUGGAUCAUUAACAGAUUUAGAAAGUCUUGACCUUUCACACAACCACCUUUCGGGUCCUAUCCCUCCAAGCAUGGCUUCUAUGACUUUCUUGAGCAAUUUAAACUUGUCAUACAACAACUUGUCUGGAUCAAUUCCAAUUGCUAAUCAGUUUGGAACCUUCCCUGAUCCAUCAAUUUAUGUAGGCAACCCAAAUCUUUGUGGGCAUCCGUUGCCAACUAAUUGCUCAUCAUCAUUGCCCAGAAAUGAAGAGCAACAAGAAAAGCAUGAAGAUCAUGACAGAACUGAAAGGUUGUGGUUAUAUGCAAGCACAGUUGUGGGAUACAUUACGGGCUUCUGGCUCGUGUGUGGCACCUUGGUGUUGAAGAGGUCUUGGAGACAUGCAUAUUUCAACUUUAUAUUUGACAUAAGAGAUAAGCUUCUAGUUUUUAUCGCCGUUAAUUUGGCGCGUGCAAAGCACAUAUUUGAACUAGGAAGAAGUAACUGAGAAUACAGACAGACAUCAUACUUGUUUCUUGUGUGUGUUGUAUAACUUUGAAGUUGAUCGUGAUUAUACUGUGUUGCUUGAACCUGUUCGCAUUGUUCAUACUGGUUUUUAUCUUUUGGAUUUUUGCUUGCCAAGCGGCAUAUAUUUGUAGGAAUGGUAAUCUAUUAAAAAUAUGAUUAUUUAUUGUAUGAAAUAACUUAGAUAAUUUCAUAUUUAUAUGAUAUAUUGGGUAUAAUUUAACCUUACAAUUUGAUUUUGGAA